AUGCUGGACGAUGGCUCCAUAUCCGUCUAUCACUUCUCAAUCAUCAUCAAUCUCGCGUGGCUCAGCUCGAAUACCCAUCUGACAUCACUGCUUAUUCUUCGAAGAUGGCUCUCGGAUCAACGAGCAAGGACACAAAAUCAUCCUGACUCCAAAAGACUCAAAGCCGGCUCCCCACUUAUCAGGAUUUGGCGUGCUCUAUGCAUGGUUAUACUAGCAAUCCUCCUCAUCGAAGCCAUAAUAACCUCUGGAUGUUGGAACUGGAACUGGCGGUUCAACUGCCCCGCUAAAUGUGUCCCUCGCCACCGAGCCGGUGGCGUUCUCAAGAAGUGGAUGAUAGCGAGCCUUGUCUUGCUGUUGAUCGACUAUCAGGUGUUCCUCAUUCUCACCUUUGAGACGUCCACGGACCUAUGGAUCAGCAUCCGCACCAACCUUCAAAGCGUUGAUCCUCCUAAGUUUCUCACGUCAGAAUCAAUCAAACCAAAUCAUAAAUGGCUACGCAAGUUCUUCGUGGCCGUCUGGUUCCUCUUCGCUUCGAACUCCUCCAUGUUGUCGGAAAGAUCAUUUGGGUUGCUCUCGGAGUUGUGUGAACAAGAUAGAGAGGACACCCUAGGCUUCGGCCAGCUUCUACCGCUCAUCCUGCUCAUGCUUCCAUCCAUGGUUUUCGUGGAAGCGUAUCACGACAAGGCUAAGACGAUGACUGAUAUCCUGCGAAGAGACACUGAGAAUGAAGUUGGUAUGAGCAAGCUGGAUAGCACGCCAAGCCUCUGA